AUGCCACAGAUAUAGAAUUUCAUUUUUAAAAAAACACAAAAUUUUCAUGCAAAAUAUAGUAACUAAAUAGAAAGAGUUAGCAAUUCAUCUGCUAUCUCUUUCCAAAAAUAAAAUAAAAUUCAUAUCUCAUGGCUCCAACUCUUACUUCAAAUUCAUUUCUCCUUUCAACUACACCUCAUCCAAGAUUAUCAUUCAAAAAUCCAAGAUUCACUGUUUCUGCUAAAAAAUCUGGACAAAAUCAAGAAACUACAAACAAUUCUGGCAACCCCUUCAACUUUGAUUUCGGUAAGUUGCCUGAUGUGACGUCUUUGAUACCUGCUAGCACGAACACAUCUUCUGGAUUGUCUUUUGGAAGGCAAAGGGCAAAGGAUCCUGGAACAGUGUUUGUUGCUGGUGCAACUGGGCAAGCUGGUAUCCGCAUUGCACAGUUGCUGUUGCGUGAAGGUUAUAGUGUCAGAGCUGGAGUUUCUGACCUUGGUGCUGCACAAGAGCUAGCUCGUCUAGCCGUUAGCUACAAGGUAAUCUCUAACGAUGAGUCAAAACGCCUGAAUGCAGUUGCAUCCACAUUUCAAGAUGCAGAAUCGAUUGCAAAGGCAAUCGGAAAUGCUAGCAAAGUUGUGGUUACUAUUGGUAAGGGAGAAAACGGUCCUGCGACUGAAGUCACCACAACAGAUGCUGUACAAGUUAUACAAGCUGCACAAUUAGCUGGUGUUGGGCAUGUGGCCAUAGUCUAUGAUGAAUCUUCUUCAGGAGGUUCUACAUACAAUGUGCUCGACGGAAUUACAUCUUUCUUCAACAAUCUGUUCUCAAAAUCUCAACCGUUGACGAUAGCAGAGUUUCUGCAGAAGAUAGUGGAGACAGAUCUAAGCUAUACACUCAUAAAAACCAAAUUAACAGAGGAUUUCUCCCCUGAGAGCUCAUACAAAAUUGUUGUUUCAGCUGAAGGAAGUGCUGGUGCUGACGCCUAUAAAGUGGGGAAGUCUCAGAUAGCUAAGCUCGUUGUGGAUGUUUUCUCCAACACAGCGGUGGCAGAAAAUAAGGUUGUGGAAGUCUUUGCUGAUCCAUCAGCACCAUCAAAGACUGUGGAUGAACUUUUUAGCGUCAUUCCUGAGGAUGGUCGGAGAAAGGCCUAUGCAGAAGCCCUUGAAAAAUCGAAAGCUGAGGUAGAAGCUCGAGGAGCUGCUGAAGCAUCCAAGAGGCAGGAACAAGAAGCAAAGAAGCUCGAAAAGAAAGAAGCAAAGGCUGCUGCUAGCAUUGCAAAGGAACCUGAAGAGAAGGCGUCAUCACCUUCCAUUCCUUCUGUUGAAAGUCUACUAGACAAAGCAAAAGGCUUAAGUACAGGAUUUUCAUUUGAAAAAUUCAGCUCACAACUCAAAUCAGCUGUUGAAAAGGCCAACGAGGAAUCAGACGCUCAAGUUGCUACCGUUAGGGGACGUGCCAAGGCCAAGAAUUUGCCUGCUCAGAAAGCAGUGGUGAAAACUCCUCCAAGGAAUCCAUUUGCUUCGAAAACGAAGGAGGCUCCGAAACCAGCUAAACAAACAGAGGUUGCUGCAACAGAGAAGAGGAAGAUUUUUGGUGGACUGUUCCAACAAGAAACCAUCUAUGUUGAUGAUUAAGAUGAAUGGAUAAGAGAAGGACAAAAUAUUAAUUUUCUAUAUAUCAUUUUAGCCUAAUUAUGAGGUUAAAACAAUGGCUUAACUGAGGCUGAGUGAGAAAGCAUGUAAAUCCCUGCACAUUUUCUGUGGAUCUUAGUGUAUAUUUGCCUCAAAUGCAACAUUUAAGGCACUUGUUCAUUUUUGUCGAUCACUUUCAAAUAAUGUUUACUCUGUCGAUCGA